AUGGAAUCCCCCAGAGACGGCGAGAAUGAUCAUCAGCCAAACAAAACCCCCGACGGAGCUCAAGUGCCUGCCAGUCGAGCCAUGGUUGAGGAAGGUGUGGUUGAAGAGGGGUGGUCGGCUGUACUCCGAGCAAAGCCACAAGCGUUAUCUCAAUAUCACAUUCUCUGUGUUGGAAGAGCACACAGUCGAACGAAACUCUUCAAGAUGUUCGCAGCAUACGCAGAUUCCGCUCGGUCUUCCGAGUCCACUACCCCGACGUCGGCCGUCUCAAGUGACGGCACUGCCAUUCGGGCAUCCCCCAUUGUGUUGACCAAGGACAAUAUUAUGAUUUCCAUGCACGAUCCAGUCCCACUCACGAAAACAUCCGGUGUAGAUACGGAAGAGAUCAAACAUUUCAUACAAGUACGAUCCAAGGCAUUUGCACUUUCAGAGAAACUACAUGCUAUUUGGAUCUGUAUUGCAACUGAGAUGUAUCAGCCACCUUCCUACAACGAAGUCUUAUUCCUCAACCGAAAAAUCGCAACCUCAGUUCCGACAUUCCUGGUUGUCACGAGGUUCGACGAGUUGGUCACCCAGGCCUUUAUGCAGCUGAAGCCGUUGGUUGGCAUCGUUGAGGCCCGGGUAAAGCGCUUUGAUUUAGGAAGGGAGAUCCUCCAGAACACGAUCAUUGAGCCCCUAUGGCGGACUCCAUUGCCGCCACAUGGCUUUUUGAUUCUCACUGAUGAGAAUAGCACGUUCAUUGAAAACCUACUGCUGCAAACCAUGAAAAUGCUAACUCCCAGUACCAUCAAUGACAUGAAACAUUCAAUUCUUCAAAAUUAUGUCGACUUCAAUACAGAAAAUGCAAUAAAGAAGUCAGGAAGUUGUCUCACUAUUGGUUUUCCAUUUUUCAUCCCAUGA